AUGCUCAGUUUUCGCAAAGCCCGCGACGUUUUUUUAUGUACUGGAAAGCGAGAAGGAGACAACUGCAUGAGUGGGGAUUAUCAAAUUUGUUACUAUAAAAAUAUUGAAGGAGUUAUGAAUAAUUCGAAAUCACUUAGUUUUUGGAUCCGCUGUCUUAUUCUAGUCAAAAAGGAUAUAUACUUUUCUAGAUAAAGUUAUAAAAAAGUUUCAGGCGUGAGUUAAGAAAAUGGAAAAUAGCCGAAAAUUUUGACGUUUAAAAAAUUUCAUGAUUAAAUUAUUGAUCUGGAGUCGGCUGUUAAUAUAGUCCGUUCAGAUUUUGAAUGUCAAGUCGCUUCUAAAGCUCCACCCCUAAUGGACCGAAAAGCCAAUCAGAGAGCGAGCCAUUCACAGAGUGUUGUUGAAUGACGUCAUUGCACUUGACAUUAAAAAUCUGAACAGACUAUAUAUGGUUAUCAAAAAAGAAAAAAAAAUGGACCUUUUUUUGAAGUUUAUAUGUUUGAAUUUAUUUAGUGAUGGUGAGCGUAUUGCGAGACCCGAUGAGACUGUCCAAUUGGAAACUUUCAUCGAUGAACCGCGCCAUUCACCAACUUCAGGGCUAUCAACAAUUAUUUCAAGAUCAAGGUAUCAAUCUUUCGUUUCUUGCAAAAGGCGUUCUCGCUAGCGACUAAAUAUAAACAUCUACCCAUGUUUGAUCUUUUCAGAAGAACGGAGACGCCGUCGCUCAGCAAAAAUUGACCAAGAAGAACGAUAG